ACAGUCGCACCCGCGCGCACACGCACAGCCAGCUAGCAGCGGCGACCGCAGCGAUGCUAACAAGCAGGUCGGGGAAGUUUCCCGCCGGCCUCGGCCGCGGGCCCCCGUGCUCGCAGGUGUAGCGCCCCCGCGCGGCACGGGCUUUCGGGCGUCUCCAGCAUGACCCGCCAGAGUCUGUGGGACGUGUCUGAGGCCAACGUCGAAGACGGAGAGAUCCGCAUCAAUGUAGGAGGCUUCAAGAGGCGGCUGCGCUCGCACACCCUGCUGCGCUUCCCUGAGACGCGCCUGGGCCGGCUGCUCCUCUGCCACUCGCGCGAGGCCAUUCUGGAGCUCUGCGAUGACUACGACGAUGUCCAGCGUGAGUUCUACUUCGAUCGCAACCCCGAGCUCUUCCCCUACGUGCUGCAUUUCUACCACACGGGCAAGCUUCAUGUCAUGGCCGAGCUGUGUGUCUUCUCCUUCAGCCAGGAGAUCGAGUACUGGGGCAUAAACGAGUUCUUCAUUGACUCCUGCUGUAGCUACAGCUACCAUGGCCGCAAAGUGGAGCCGGAGCAGGAGAAGUGGGACGAGCAGAGCGACCAAGAAAGCACUACUUCCUCCUUUGAUGAGAUCCUGGCGUUCUACAACGACGCCUCCAAGUUUGACGGGCAGCCGCUGGGCAACUUCCGCAGGCAGCUGUGGCUGGCGCUGGACAACCCUGGCUACUCAGUCUUGAGCAGGGUCUUCAGCAUCUUGUCUAUCCUGGUGGUGUUGGGGUCCAUCAUCACCAUGUGCCUGAAUAGCCUGCCGGAUUUCCAGAUACCUGACAGCCAGGGCAACCCAGGGGAGGACCCCAGGUUCGAAAUUGUAGAGCACUUUGGUAUCGCCUGGUUCACAUUUGAGCUGGUGGCCAGGUUUGCUGUGGCCCCUGACUUCCUCAAAUUUUUUAAGAAUGCCCUCAACCUUAUUGACCUUAUGUCCAUCGUCCCCUUUUACAUCACUUUGGUGGUGAACCUAGUGGUGGAGAGCACACCUACCUUGGCCAACUUGGGCAGAGUGGCCCAGGUCCUGAGGCUGAUGCGGAUUUUCCGCAUCCUAAAGCUGGCUAGACACUCCACUGGCCUCCGCUCCCUGGGGGCCACCCUAAAAUACAGCUACAAAGAAGUCGGGCUGCUUUUGCUCUAUCUCUCUGUGGGGAUUUCCAUCUUCUCCGUCGUGGCCUACACCAUUGAAAAGGAGGAGAACGAGGGCCUGACCACCAUCCCUGCCUGCUGGUGGUGGGCCACCGUCAGCAUGACCACUGUAGGAUAUGGGGAUGUGGUCCCGGGAACUACGGCGGGGAAGUUGACCGCUUCCGCCUGCAUCCUGGCUGGUAUCCUAGUGGUGGUACUGCCCAUCACCUUAAUCUUCAAUAAGUUCUCCCACUUUUACCGGCGCCAAAAGCAACUGGAGAGUGCCAUGCGCAGCUGUGACUUUGGAGAUGGAAUGAAGGAGGUCCCUUCCGUCAAUUUAAGGGACUACUAUGCCCAUAAAGUUAAAUCCCUCAUGGCAAGCCUGACGAAUAUGAGCAGGAGCUCACCGAGUGAACUAAGUUUAAAUGAUUCCCUACAUUAGCCGAGAGGACUUGUCACCCUCAAACCCACACUGCCGGGUUGCAUCUUGUGCCUCCGACACAGUUCGGGCACCUUAGGGUUAUGGCAUAAGGAGUAGGCCCAGCCCCACAGGGGAGAGAUGUAUGGGCUAUGCACCCCAGGUUGCUUCCCCAGCAUUUAGAAUCUUUUUUAGAGGGUGCUGCAUUAGACAUCAUGCCUUUGCACCCUGCUGUGAAAUGAUACUCACUGGUCUUUGCUUCAUGGGCAUAAAAAUGUUCCCCUUUCUGCCAGAUGAGUACCACCCAGAAUGCUAAUUUUUCUGUGUAUCUUGUGCUCUACUCUAGUGCUCGUGACCCAGUACUGUCUUGUGAGUUGUUUGUGCUCUUGUUUCUGAGGUUGUUGUGUGAGUUCUGUCCCAAAAGCCCCCACAGGUCUGUCCGGUGGAAACCCAUCCGAGGGGUCAGCAAGGCUGUGAUGAGAUUUUGCUCAGUCAUAUAAAAACAAAAUCUCAGUUCUUUAUCCAUUGCUUUCAUUUAGUAUUGUUACCAAAACAAAGAAUCCGAAGUGGAGCACACGGGACCGAUGCAAGUCCGUGAGUUGUUUUUACAAAUUAUCUGUAGCAAUGUGGCUAGCAUGGGUACCCCGGUUCACCUUUAGAAUGAUGUACACUAAUGUUCAUCUUGUAAAUGUCACCUUUAGAGAAUGUUACUCUGUUAAACAUGUAGUGAUGACUGAAUUUUUUUUUUUCCCCUAAGAAGAGAAGCAUUAGGGACAGGCCUUCAGCUACACGUAGGCCAAAUCGUGGAAUAUCUGAAGACCCUUCAAAGCCUGGCCUUCAUCUUUCCAAGGGGGGGUCAUAGAGAUAUUUAUUUCUGGCUGAGGUUCCCAGUCUAGGCCAUUUGAUGAAAAUUUGCCGUGUCUUAUAUAUAAGCAUGUUUUUGCAAUAUUUAUUUUUUAAGAUGUUUAGAAAUAAGGUCCUGUUGUCUUUCUCAACUCAACAGAGGUUUACUGUUGUCUUCUCUCCUGGAGGCAAACAUUACUGUGUUGCUAGCAAGAGCAGUAGCUUAGAAACUGUUGCUGGCUCUGGAAGCUCAUAAAAUGAGAGCCCCUUUCUUUCCCAGCAGAAUUUACCUGGAUCAUUUUGCUUCUAGGAUACAGUGGGUUAUAUAUGAUGCUCUCAUUGCCCUGGAGUUCCUGGUAUGACAUGGAAACCUGGCAGUGUGGACGUGCGUGCUCAAAACAGAGACAUGCAUGAGUGACGUCUGAGUGGCUUCCGGGGUGGAAAUAUUGUAGCGCUUACUUCCACUUCAAUGACCUUUUGUCGGGAGAGGGUGGGUUGAGGCCAGAAGCAAGGAGGGAGUUGUAAAACACAACACUGUUACUUCGCAAAAUGUUGUCAAUCACAAACUUCUUGAAAAGCUUACUGCUCCUUAAAAGACUUUUACAUUUUUAUAUUUCCAAACUUGGGUUGAAUGUUGAGAACCCUUUCCUUCUUCACAAUGCCCUCUCUCCUCUUCUUCAGUCAAACUAGCCCACAAUAUGGUGAACGGAACCCGGGGCCCUUCGUAACGUACUUCUCCAGGUAAUUGGGUGGCUCGUUAAUUGGCUUCCAUGAUUGUUUGGGCUUUGGAAAGGGUGCUGAAUCUAGGGGUCUAGGUGAGGCGUUAGGCAGGCUUUUUAUCCAAGGUUUGGGCCUUCUUUACAGAGGUCUAUUUUGUGUCUAUGCUGGUAGAAGGAAACAUAUACCUCAGGGUCUUGUCAAAAGGCUUUGUUACUUAGAGUUGCUGUGGCUUCUACAGAGUGGGCAAUUGGUUGGAGGAAAGCACUGGUCCCUUACACCCUUGAGUCUCCAGGUCAAAUUCUUCCAUGAGACUGGAGCUUCAUGGGGGUGGGGGCUGGGAGGUUGCCUUUCCUAGUGCCUGGUGGUCUAUCAUCCACAUCUCUUUGUAGAUGAAUCAGGAAAGGUGAGAUGACGUGGGGGCAACUGGCUGCCAAUCAGAAGAGCAGGGUUGUUUUUUAGAAUUUGCAUGUGGUGCACAUGGAGCCCUAGGUUUAGCUCAUGUUUCCAGCACUGGAUGGCAGAGAAUUUAUGAGAUUAUCUCCAGUUGCACUAUGGGCCAGCAAGGGUACAAACUUGUGGGGACUAUUCAGUUUGGCAAGGAUCAGGGUUCUCAGGUCACUGAGCAUGGUAGUUUGUGAUAAGCUGAAACAAAGAGAGGAGGCAGAAUAACUCAGUCAUUCUGAUGAGUAUUUUUCUCAACAGGCAGAUUUUACCACCAAAAAAAGAGAUAACCCCUAGUGGUUACUCUUCGCCAAUACGAAAGCUAGAAAACUUGACUUUCCAUUUUAGUAAUGACUUGCAUUUAUUUGGUGCCUUUCCUUGGGGGAAUCCCAAAGUGCUUUAGAGACUGUCUUUUUAACAUCUCUUGUACAUAUUUAUACACUUGUAUACAAUAUAAACUUUGGUCACUUCUCAGAGUGAGAAGUUGCUAAUAGCAAUGACUUCUCCAAGUGGUGGUUUCAGAUCAGAGGGAGAAAGAACAACUCAGCUGGCUUGAACCCUGGAGUUAAUUCCCACAAAGGAUGGUGCCUGAAAGUGGCCUAGGGAGGAACAACCUUCCUUUCCUUCAAAGUACCAUCAAGGUAUGGAGUUUCCAAGCUCUCUGUUGGGCUCUGUCCAGGUGACAUCUUACGUGGCAGGGUCUUCUGGUCUCUGAAACCAGUCAGGGAGGAUCAGGUUAAUUUUAUGUUCUGUUUCUGGAGUUAAGAAUACAGUUAUGAGGUGAUAUCUUUGGCCACCAGGCUGUCAGAGUGACCCAUAAACCUCCUUUAGGGGGCACAAUAGAAGCUUCAGAUCAUUUAUUUCCAGCUGUGGGUUCAGAGCCUCUUCAUUCCCAGCAUUGAAAGGUUGUUAUUUUCAAUGCCACUGGGACACAUGUACGGACCAGGCCCUUCUGACAACAUACAUGAGGAGCAUUUCAAAAGUGCCAGUUGGAAGUGACCCUGUGUCUUUAAUGCAUGGACAUUGGUUAUAUAUUUGUGUUUUCUGCCCAAAUGCCCUCAUUUCCUGGGUUUGCUCUUGAGGAGGGCGUGUUGUAAUGCUGAGCUGAUUCGUAGCUCCUAAGGUAGUAAUUGGUAUUUAACAUUUGGAUCUGUUAUUUCUACUUCUCUUAGUACUCAGAUAAUUGAACUACCUGCUAAUUCUCGCCUCAUUUCCAAGAAAAUGAUUUGUUCUGCACUUUGGGAUAGCAGUGAUCUGUACAAGCUGUGUGUUAUCUACUUGAAGGCUUAACUGGUAUUUCUUAUAUGUUUUAACAGCAUGACUUGUUACAGAGUUGUAAUUUGCAAAAUUGAGAACGCUGUAUUUGCUAUGUCAGUUUCAACACUCAUUAACACACUACUGUGCAAGCAUUGACAUGGGCCCUGCUGAACCAUUAUGUCUGGUGGCUGCCCUAGCGGUCUCCACGGCUCGACUCGGGGAUGGGGAAGAACAGUGACCCACUCAGGACUCCAGCCUCGAAGAUUAAAUAGAAAAAGAUUAUUUAUGUGUCCUUAAGGCACUUCAAUUACGUAUGGGGUGGCAAACACAACAGGGGUGUGCAGCAUUGGGGACCAGAGUUCUGGGGAAAGACUGGGCUUUUUGAGGAUUUGUUGGGAAGGAAGAGCUGUUAUUUAUUCUUUGCUGGCAUACAGAGGUGGCCAUCAUUCACCAGGAUCUAGAGCCUCCAGCCUGAUUUGUAGAAAGGAUGGUCAUUUAUUCUUGGAACCCUGGUGGAACAGACAGCCCUUGCAGGAUUUUCCCCUUCCACACUGCCUUGCUCAGCACCACUGAUGGGGCCCACCAGUGCCAAUGCACCCCCUCCAGGUGUCAUUGUCCCCACUGCAGUGGUACCUCCCUGACAGUAACUUGGGUCUGGGGUCUGCUGAGUGCUCUGGUUGUUUUGGUGUGAAAACUGCUGGGGGAUACACAGAACCAGGAUGAGACCAUGAGCUAUAGUAAAGGCCAUAUCUGUAGGGAAGUCACUGAGCUCUACUCACAGUUUUGCCUUCAAUUCUGUGAUUUUACACAUCAUUUGGUCUCUCUGAGCCUCACACCACCACCCCCCACCCUUGCUGUAAAACGAGAAGGUUGGAUUAGAUCAUCCUUAAAGCCCAGCCAGUUAGUUCUCCAUCUCAAUGCAAAAACAGAAUUUCCGCAGGGCCCCCUGCAUUCCCAGUAGAGCAGUGAGCAGGUCCUGAUAGCCUGAAGCACAGCGGACGAUUUCAUUUCUCUCUUCAUUUCUCCCUUCAGUAGUCAACCACGAUAGACAACACUUCCAGGGACAAGGACACCAGAGAGAUGUUUGGACUGGCGUCUGUGUCAGGUGACUGGAGUUCUAACGUGACUGACAAGCAUCUCCUUUGGGCUUGAAACUGUUUAUACGCCUAAUCCAAAUUCCUGUUAUUAAAAAAAAUCACUGGACAUAGAGGAAAAUCACAUUGAUCCCAUUUGGCUUCAUGACUCUUGGCCACUUAUGUGUGUUUUUUUUGUGAAACGGGGUGGAGGAUCCACCUGUACUACCUGUACUACCUGUACUAAGUACUAUACCUGUACCACCUGUACUAAGGGGUCCUGGGCCCCUGCGGGGAACUAGGGCUUAUGGAUCACCCCUACCCCACAUUUAUUUCUCACUGAGGAGCAGUGGCAGAACAGUGGGCAACAGGCUGUGUGAACCAGCCUCCCAUCUCUCAGGGGCUGAGGGAGGGGCUGUGGGACCCUCGAGCAGCACUGAGAAGGUGCUGGAGGUCCCCAGAACCUUUGCAUCCCACCACGUGGGGUGGAGUGCAUGUCUCCCCUCCUGCAGGCAUAGAAAUGUGUGUGUUCAGGCAUAUUCUGGGGCCAGGAUGCCUUGCAUAUUUUUUUUAAAGAUUAUUUAUUUAUUUAUUCAUUUACUUAUUUGACAGAGAUCACAAGUAGGCAGAGAAGUAGGAUGUGGGGUGGGGAAGCAGGCUCCCUGCUGAGCAGAGAGCCCAGUGUGGGGCUCAAACCCAGGACCCUGGGAUCAUGACCUGAGCCAAAGGCAGAGGCUUUAACUCACUGAACCACCCAGGUGUCCCUGCCUUGUAAACAAACACCUCCUCUUGAGGGCAGAGCUUAAAUACUGUGCUUACAUGCUUAUUAUCUCUUCUUAUUUUUAGGAGGACUCUUAACUAGCAUUUCUACCCAAGGACCUUGUCUGGGUUUUACAGCCAAUUGAUAGUGUAGGCCUACAGAUUGGCAAGGUUUUCUUCCUUCUGUGACCUCAUUUGUCAAUCUUAUCCACCUGGCUAAAUUCUCCAAAGCAAAUUAUUGUCUUUGGAUAACAAGCUGAUGCUUUUAGUUGGACGUAGAUACAAAUGCUUCAAAGAUGUGGCCCAGGGGAAAGAGAUACAACAGAGGAAAAGGGGCAGGCGUCCUUGGAGCUGGUGUAAUCUCCCACAGAAGGAAGAAGGAGUAGAAAGAAGCCAGGAAAAAAAAAAGAGGAAAAACAAAAGGGGCUACAGAAGGAGAAAGUGAAGGAAAGAAAAGACAGAAGACUGAAGGGAAAGAGCAGACAGAAGCAGGGAGAAUAGGAGAAGCUAAGUUUGAUGAAGUUAUUGUAGGCCUUCCCUUGAAUUCAUUUUAUUCCCAUUUAACGUAGUCUGUUCUUAGCAUGCCAGUGGCCUCCUGGGAGGACCUACGCUGGAGUCUAGUCCCACCCCUGUCUACCGUGCCUCCAUCAAAGGGCUGCACGGUCUGGUAAAACAGAGACCUGAAAGCUACAAAAAGCCUACUGAACGAAGGGGAGUGAGGGGAGUGAGUAGACAAGGAAAGGAGCAGUAAAUGUAUCCUUCUGAAGGUGGGACUUCUGGGGUGCGAAUGGAAAGAGUGCCAGGCGUUGGCCAGACAGAGGUGGCCAAGGGAGUUUGAGAUAGAAAGAUGGGGGAAGGGGAAGGAAGAAAGCUCCCUGCCACAUGCGGCCAGCAUGGUGGUAAACUUGGAAGCCAGAGCAGCUAAACAGAAGUGUGGUGCGAACCAGUCUCGUGCGAACCCCCCACCUCCCCGAAAGGAGCUUGAGCUUCAUUCUUCAGUCACUAGGGUAGGACAUCUGACCAAAUCAGUGUUGUCAGAACAUGACUCUGACAGCGGCUGGGAGGUAUGGAUGGGGCCAGGAGACCUAUUUGAGGUCAGACAUGAAGAGAGUGGUCUGGACAGGAAGGGGCAGAGCAGGUUGCUGGGGUGGAUGUGGUCAAGGUCAGGGACCUUGAGGAAGAGGGAGGGUGAGAUAGCUGGGUGUCUGGCUUGGUUGGUGACAGGGUCGAUGGUGGCGCCACUAGGAGAGAUAGGAAUCCUUGGAUCUGUCCCUGAGGUUCAUAGGUGUUGCCUGAGUGCCUGUGUCCCGCACAGAUGGGGUAAAGGUGGGAGGUCAGGGGUGGGGAGGGGGGGUUGCCAAGGGGAGCCUGGGACAGGACUCCUUCACUGAGAGGUUGAGGUUGAGGCAGCACAGGAGGUGCUGGGAGAGGUGUGGGUGAGACAGCCCAGGAAGGGCAGUGAGAAGAUCAGAAGAAAGGAAAGUCCCUGCACCAGACCUGCCACAGGGAUAAGUGAGGAUCCCUACCUUGCUUUCCUCUGUGCUCCUCUUCUAGCUGCCCUUCUAGUUCCCCUCUCCCCUGAGACACUCCCAGUGGCUGAUCUCUGCUACCAGCCUCAGCUGUCCUCUUCCUUCCUCUCCUUGUUUUAUCCCUGCGAUCGGCGUCUGUUCCUCCCACUCUCUCCAAACUGCUCUUUUAAAGAUCACCAGUGCUUUCCUGAUAGUUAAAUUUGGUGGCCUUUCCUCAGCUCUCAGGCUCUUCCAUCCAGAUUCUGUCCCCACAGGCCAACCUCUAAGUUCUUUGUACUCCCUCCUCUGUUACUUUUUGGAUCCUGCUCAUAGCUGGUUCUCCCAAGGGCUCUGCUUCUUCCUCUCCCAUUCCCACUGGGUCUUGGUCCUCCUUCUGACCCUCAUCCUGCAUGUCCCCCCACAGCUCUGAUCUUAGCAGCCUAAAGCACACCUGAGCCAAGCAGCAGCCUCCACUAGUGUGCACGUCUUACACGUCUCCAUGCCUGACCCUACAUCACUUCUGAGCCCCAGGCAUGCUGCACCCACAUUUGGGUGUCACUUUGUCUGAAACUGGACUUCUCACCAUCACACAAGCUCACUCUUCCUUCCACCUGCCCCCUCACAUCUGGCCAUGGAGACAUGGCGCUCUCAGCCACCCAGGUUGGAAUUUUAGUCAUCCUCCAGUCAUCUCCACUUACUUAGACAUUUUCUCACCAUAGCAGUCAUUUCUUGACAUCUGACUAAUUGCCAAGCACCAUAUUAGAUGGGAGGGAAGGAAAUGCAAAAGGCAUUGCUUACAGCCCUUUAUAUCCACUUUAUUGUGCACUGGAAUCAUCUGGGGAGCUUUCAACAAAGUAGAUUUCUGGGCAUCACUCUGUCAAAUCAGACUCUUGG